UCACGCUUUGUAAGUGACUAAGUCACGAGAAAAUUUUAAAUUCAAAUCUUUACAUUUGUUUUAAAUUUUAGUGCGAAGGACUGAUCGAUAUCGCUAGCGGGAUCAGAAGUAUCUACCACGGUUUACUAUAUGAAUAAUACAAGACCGUGAUGACAAAUUCCUUCUAUCGAGUUGUACUUAGCCUCCACAGUCGCGCUUCAAUUACAGGUCUCCUGUUUCAAUGAAUCAUCCUGUUCAAUGAAUGUUGGCUGCUUGAAUGAACAACCAAGCAAGGAGGCAUCCAUCGUUCUUUCUCUGUGGUUCUCCUUGUCUGGUUUAGCAGCUGUAACAGGAAACGCAGUUGUCUUGUGGCUGUUCUACAAAAAUGAGACUUUACGCACAAUUUCCAACCGAUUCUUAGCCUCGUUGUCUGUAGCAGACCUGUUAGUUGGACUUGUGAUAGACCCUCUCUGGAUCGCCUUCAGAUGUUUGAUCCAGCCAUCAAAUGUGACCCAAACCACCUUGGAUAAGUUUAUGGACAUGUUGUGGAUUCACACUACCGCGGCCACAACGCUUAACCUGUGCUGUGUUUCCGUGGAUCGCUUCAUAGCAAUUCGGUUUCCUUUCCGUUAUCUGGACAUUUUAACUAAGAGAAUAUGUCGUAGCCUCAUUGUUAUGGUGUGGUUUACAUCAUUGCUUCUUCCUUUUCCGGUAAUUUUUGUAAAUGUAGAAAAACUUUGGUUGUUUAUAUCGCUUGUGACAUUUUUCAUCCCCGCAACUGUCUUGGCGGUAUGCUAUAUUUGGAUUUUCAAGGCCGCAAGUAAUCAGGCCCGAAGAAUAACCGGGGAAAAUGUGGAAGGAGCGGACGAAAGGCAAAGCACUUCUCCAAGCCGCACAAUACAAAAUUAUAAAGCUAUCAAGACCAUCGGGUUGGUGUUGGGUGUGUUUGUCGUGUCUUGGAUGCCUUGUCUAACCCUAUCCAUUGUACACGAAUUUAUUGCGAAGGAUCCGUGCAUCGACAAAAAGUUGUACAAUGUUGUAUGGCCAUGGAUUGAGGCAGUCGCUCUUUCAUCGUCAGCCAUCAACCCGUGGAUUUACUACUUCCGCAAUAGCGAUUUUCGCGAGGCUUUGCAUCGCGGCAUUCGACGGGUUCGGUGACUGCCCUCACAGGUAGCCCAAGCUCUGUCACAGGCUCUUUCACAGUGAAUAAUUAAAGAGUUUAUA